UUGAACGGGUUGAGACAUUAGAGUAGUGGAUUGCUAGAUCGGAUGGGGAGAGACAGAAAGACAGACGAGGGGGCGAAUGGCCGAGAAACGUCCUCUUCCGGUUCACCCACUGGAAGAUAAUGCCGUCGGCGGAGCCUCUUGUGCCGCUUGGAGGGUCGAAGCGGCUCCUGGGAGAGAGAGAGGGUGCCAAGAAGAGCACUCUGGACAACACAGAAUGAGAAGCAGCAUUAAAGUGCAAAAUAAACCAUCAUUCAAAAUAUUUUCCAAUUCCUCUGGAAAGUUUAAAAACUCUUCUUCCUCAGCAGAUGAGAGACGAGGGGAAAAAUAACAACAUUUUCAACUGAAAAAAAAUAGAGCAAAUGGAACUGGGAAAAAUAUUAAAUGGGAAAUCAAGGAGGAUAAUAUUUAAAUAAAGAAAAAGUGAGGAACAACUUGAAGUCAGUAGGAAGAAAAUGGUUCCAUGUAUAGCCAAAAUUGGCAGGCAUUAAUGAAAGCCUUUCAGGAAGAAAAGAAUGGUUGAACCAAACAACCACCCAGCGAGAGAUCAUAAAUAUUUUUUGCCGCCUCAAGAAUCCAAGCAUAUCAGUGUUGAAAACCCCCUGCAGACUGCCUAAUGUGGGAAAAACAGAGAUUGCAGAUCAUGACUGAUUCUGCUCAACAGGAUCCAUCCAGUGAAAAGCCAUACAAAUGUUUGGAGUGCGGAAAAAGCUUUUCUCGGAAAAGCUUCCUCGUGACUCAUGGAAGAAUCCAUAUUGGAGAGAAGCUCUAUCAAUGCUCCCAAUGUGACAAAAGAUUUAGCAUUCCUUCUAAUCUGGAGAGACACAAGAGGACUCACACUGGGGAGAAACUCUUUGAAUGUCCUGUUUGUGGGAAAAGUUUCAGUCAAAAUUCCCACCUGGUGGAACACCAGACCACACACACAGGAGAGAAACCUUAUAAAUGUUCUGUUUGUGGGAAAUGUUUCAGUCAGAAUUACAACCUGGUGAUACACCAGAGAACUCACACAGGAGAAAAACCAUAUCAGUGCCUGGAUUGUGGGAAAUGUUUCAGUCAGAGUUCCUACUUGGUGAAACACCAGGGGACUCGCACAAGAGAAAAACCGUAUGAAUGCCUGGAUUGUGGGAAAAGUUUCAGGCAGACUUCCCAGCUGGUGGAACACCACAGGAUACACACAGGAGAGAAACCGUAUAAAUGCAGUGAUUGUGGAAAAAGUUUCAGUCUUAAUUCCUGCCUGGUGAUACACCAGAGGACUCACACAGGAAUAAAACCGUUUCAAUGUCCGGAUUGUGGGAAAAGUUUCAGUCAGAAUUCCAAUCUAAUGAAACACCAGAGGACUCACACUGGAGAAAAACAGUAUCAAUGUCUGGAUUGUGGGAAAAGUUUCAGUCAGAAUACCCACCUGGUGAAACACCAGAGGACUCACACAGGAGAAAAACCGUAUGAGUGCCUGGCUUGUGGGAAAAGUUUCAGGCAGCAUUCCCAUCUGAUAAAACAUCAGAGGACUCACACUGGAGAAAAACCGUAUCAAUGUCCGGAUUGUGGGAAAAGUUUCAGUCAGAAUUCCCACCUGGUGAAACACCAGAAGACUCACACAGGAGAGAAACCAUAUGAGUGUCCAGUUUGUGGGAAAGACUUCAGUAGUAGGUCUAGCCUUAUAAAUCAUGUAAGGUUACACACAGGGGAGAAACCAUAUGAGUGUCCCGAUUGUGGGAAAGAUUUCAGUAGUAGGUCUAGCCUUAUAAAUCAUGUAAGGUUACACACAGGGGAGAAACCAUUCAAGUGUCCACAUUGUGGGGAGUGUUUCACACAGAAUUCCUCUCUUAUUGCACACAAGAAGUUCCAUAUGAAGCAAAAUUUGAUGUGUGUAGAGGAAUCUUGAAUUUCAUUUCUCUUCUUUCUUUGGAAGCUUAGUUAGAAAAUUAACCUUUUCAUUUCUUGCCCUAUUUUUUAUUAUCAAACAUUUAUUUAUUUUAUUUUAUUUAUUUAUUUCAUCAAGCAUG